AUGUGGCCCUGCCUGGAGAAGGCAGGGGCUUUGGCCGCCCUGGUGGCUGUGGCGGCUGCACAGAAUUCAGAAGCCAGGUUCCGAGGCAGGCGCUUGUCGCAGAACAGCUCCGAUCCUGCCUUGGAAUGCGGUGGCUUGGAACUUGUCCAGAAUGAGGAGUGCCGCGAACCUGUCCUUUGGGCGGCAGGUGGAGGCAAGUGGGAUCCUGCCGCAGCAUCAUGGUAUCAGAACAUGGAGAGCAUUGCAGGCGUGAGUCACACACAAGCCAAUGCCGCAGACUACCAAAGACUUUUCUACUGCGCUCCGCCCGGUGGAAAGUGGUGCGGACUGCCUCCGUGCUCAGGCUGCAGCAGUCCCCCUUGCUUGGAUUGCUUCGCGGGCAACCAGCUCUACGCGAAACAGCGGCCGGGUUGUGCUGCAAACGAUACAAGCGUAGGCUGCGUGCCACCCGAGACGGCCAUGGGCUACAAGGGUAAGCAUUGGCCCACCACGGAGAUCACUGGCAUCAACGAGAUGCAUAUCUUUCUGAUCGGGGACUGGGGUGGCCUUGAUGGUAGUCUGGAUACUGCCGAGAACCGACCGGAGAUGAUCGCCUACGACUGGGGCCGCCAGCCGGGACCCAGCGUUUUCCCCCGGAGCCGGUGGAACAAGCCGCACACCGAGCGACUCUGUGGUCACAAGCAGUUCGUGGAGUGCUUCAACACACGUGGAGCGCCUCCAUGCAUCCCGGACUGCGGCUACGUGGAAGGAGUGGAUGACCAGCCUCAGCUAUUGGUCGCAGAGGCAUUCAAGGAGCGGGCAGCGCUCGUGGAUCCACAGUAUAUCCUCAACGUUGGAGAUAAUUUCUAUUGGGGCGGGAUCGAGAAGACUUGCGGAACUCCCAUGAACCAAAUUUCCUAUCCCACGAAGCAUCAGUUCGACCAGAUCUUCGAGGGCGUCUACCAAGGGCCAGGACUCAGCGAGAAGCCGUGGUUCAGCGUUCUUGGUAACCAUGACUGGGGUGGCUUCAAGUUCGACAAUGGUUGGGACCAGCAGCUGUCCUACACAUGGUUUAGUGAUCGCUGGGUUCUCCCUGCACCUUACUACAAGACCACCAUCGUCUACAAGGACCUGGACUUUGAUGUGGAUUACUACUUCCUGGACAGCAACUUUAUGGAUGCAAUGCCACCGGAGGAGGAUCCGAGCCACAACAUGUGCAGCUCCAAGAACAACAACCCGGAUGCCACCUGCGAAUCCACGGGUGGCUCAGAGUCGGUAGAGAACUGCCCCCAUUGGCUCUUCGGCGGCAUUAGAGUCGAGUUGCUAGGGGAAGGAACGCUUUGUUAA